GAGGAGCGAUUCAUUCUGUGUUUUCAUUGUCACGACGACGGACGGGCGAAUCAUUCGUUGCUUACUUUGCGCGGAGCGUGUGGCACAUUUUCCAUUCGUUUUUCUCGGUCAGACGGACAGGGGAGGGAAAUCUGUCUCGCUGGGCAGCCCUAAGGAAGAAAAAUCUCGAAUCGAGUAUACUCGGAAAAAUUGCGACUCUUCAGUUCGGUACGGUUCGGUGAAGGAACUUUUACGGAUUCGUUGGAUUACUGUAUCGUGAUUAUGAUUGGAGAUUUGGCGGAAGUAAAUCAAGUGUGGUAAUACUUCGUCUUCUCAGGGUGCUCGCUGAAAGUGCAAACAUUACCUAAUUCGAGUCAAGCAAGUGGUGAAAAUACGGGGGUGUAAAAAGUAAAAUCGCAAUAAAAUACAUCUGGAAUAGCGAAGUGGUCGUCACCCAAAGCAGGCCAUUCACGGCUUUCGGCAGCACAUUACUGAUCCGUGGAGCGACGCAGAAAAAAUGUUCCUUUCGUAGGCAAAUAUAAUGUGUGUCUGACAGGGAUGUGAAGUGGUUAUGCUGAUUAUCGACAAGUUAAUUAUUCAGUGGAAAAAAAGAUGUGCCCAGAGCUAAGUGGUGAAUCCAUAGAGCCGAGCGUGUUGUCGAAUGUGAGAUCGUUGUCGGAUUGAAGUGCGACUAGCUGAGUUCGUAUCGCGUCGAAAUAUUGUGUCAGUCGAUCACUGAUAGUUAACCUUCGGGUACGGGUUUUGAGUGAUUACGGUGUACGGGAGUGAAAAUGCCGGUCGUAUUGAAUGGAUCGAUUCCGCUGCCCAGCAUCAGAAUCUACACCAGUGCCAGUGUUUUGUUGGUGUCGCUGUGCCUGUAUUACGCAGUAAAUGUGACUAGUGAUCCAUUCUGGCGGCAGCAAAGCAAUGCCACUCUGGUCACAACGGGAGCAGUGACUCCAAGUGCGGGCGGGUUGGCCGGGACCGUGGCAUCGGAAGUGUCAGCAGCUGCGGCUGUGGUAGGGGCGGCUGGGAACGCUCCUGCUGGAGCUGGUGCUGCAGCUGUGGGGAAUGGAGGGAACAAGAUUGAUGCGCUGCUAUCGGUGAAGGAGAUCAAUGAUCUUGAAGAGAAAAUCCUAGCAGCGACAGAUGCUGAUUUGAAGAAAAUGAUGGAACAGGAAGCAGAGCUGUUGGAACAAUCGACAGCGAACGACUCCCGAACGAUCGGGGCACAACUCAAAGACAUUGCGUCGUUCAUGGGUAGCGAGCCGAUCUGUAUUUGGACGUUAAUAAACAUGGCAUACUGUUGCCUGAUUCUGCUUGGCAAAUCGAUCCAAAAGGUGGUCUUCGGAGAACUUCGAAUUUCUGAACAACAACACAUGAAGGACAAAUUUUGGAACUUUAUCUUCUACAAGUUCAUUUUCGUGUUCGGCGUCGUGAACGUGCAGUAUCUACAUGAGGUCAUCCUUUGGGUAUCGUGGUUUUCGGUGCUCGGAUUCCUCCAUUUGCUGUCGCAGCUCAGUAAAGAUCGAUUCGAAUACCUAUCGUUUUCGCCAACGACACCGGGAUGGUCCCAUUUUCGGCUGAUCGCGCUCCUAUCGGCCAUACUCACCUUGUCCGGCUUUAUGCUGAUCGUAUCGAUUGGGGUGGGCGUAUUCAUCAGCGGAGUCAACACGUUCGCCUUUAUGGCGGCUGAGUGUGUUCUGUUGUCGAUACGCACCCUGCACGUUCUGAUACGUUAUGCAAUGUUCCUGUACGAUAUGCGACAAGGUGGAAUAACCCAUGAAUCAGCAAUUUCCUGGGACAAACGGGGCCCAGUGGCGUACUACAUAGAACUGAUUUUUGAGGUGGCCGCACUGGUGAUAGACUUUGGUCAUCAUCUGCACAUGCUUCUGUGGAGCAAUAUCUUCCUCUCGAUGGCUAGCCUGGUAAUCAUCAUGCAACUGCGCUAUCUGAUCAACGAAAUCCAAAGGAAAUUCAAGAAGCAUCGCAAUUAUCUGUGGGUGCUCAAUCACAUGGAAAAGAGCUACCCGCUGGCCACGGCGGAGGAUCUCAAGCAGAACUGCGACAACUGUGCCAUUUGCUGGGAAAAGAUGGAAACGGCGCGGAAGCUUCCAUGUUCGCAUCUGUUUCACAAUUCAUGUCUGCAGUCGUGGUUGGAGCAAGACACCAGUUGUCCAACUUGCCGUUUGGGAUUGAGUGUUCACAACAACAGUGCGAAUAUUUUGCCGAACGAGAUCCGCAUUGACGACACGGAGCCACCAGGACGUACCGCCAACAAUCACUUUUUCCACUUCAAUGGAUCACGAUAUGUGUCCUGGUUGCCAAACUUCUCCGUGGAGGUGACCCACAUCAAUUCGGUACUUCGGAACGAACCAAGUCCUCGCGACACAGCGGUCAAUCAUACCUCGCAAAUCCGGAAUAUGGCACGCCACGUGCAGGAAAUGUUCCCACGCUUUCCGCUGUCCACAUUGAUCGCUGAUCUACAAAUUUCCCGAUCGAUCGAAGUUACGAUCGACAACAUUCUGGAAGGACGCCUGCAGGUACCGGCUCGAUUCCAAGAAUUCGACGACCUUCUCGACGAUGACAUCCCAACGACAACUAACAGUCCAACGGCGACAACCAACAGUAAUGACGGAAACAGUGGCAGCGGUACCAUCAGCAACAGCAACAGUUUCAACAGCAGUCCACCGGAGACACCGGAUGCCAUGAGUGGUUUCCCUGCCAUCACCGCCAACGACUACUACGUCAAUGCGGACGAAUUCAGUCCGAGCAACCACUACACGGGCUCGAAUCUGUCUACACCUUCCUCGACCGGUAGCAGCAGUGGCUACGAGGUGGAAAGAAAUACCAACAUUUUUGGAAAUUUCGAUAACCUACUGCGGGACGACAGUUUCGAUGACGUGCCGCUGGGUGAUCGGUUUUCGAAGAGUUCCGAAGAGCGGGAACGGAUCCUGCAGCGGAGGAAGGAACAGUUGCUCAUCAUCGCGAGAAGAAAGUAUCUAGAGAAGAACAAAUCCGAACUGAAUCAGUCACCUGCUGCCGCGGGCUAUAGCCAAGGUGACGCCAUACGGCAUCGUAACAAAAGCUGUAUGGAAGAGCAGCAGCCAUCCCCAACAAGUUCGUCCAUUUUGCCAUCCAACGCUGCUACUACUCACACUGUUGACAGUAGACAAAACUCCACAACUAGCGCUAGCUAUGGAGUAACGACCAGUGACGGAGAGUAGCGGCCAAAUCAAGUCCUAACCUAAAAGCGAAUUAGCAAAAGUGUAAACGUUUUUGAAAACAAACAAACAAAUAAAAAACAAUUGUGAUCAUUAUCAAGUAGGGAAUCAAAGCGAAGCAAAACAAAAAAAUAAUGCAAACAAGUGAAUAAACGGCUGUAUAAAACUGCAGCAAUGCGCGAGACGCGUAACUCAAACAGACGAAACAGUAUCAGCAAAAGUGAAACCACAAAACAAACAAGUAAACAAAACAAAAUGGCUAAAAACUAACCUAGACGAUAGUGAAUGCAACAAUUCUUAACAGUUAUAGCGAAGUAAUAUUCAAGUAAAAAUCAAAACAGAAAUGGCUUGACCGUUUGUGUCGCGGAAUUUGAAAUUCGAGUGAAAUCGAGAAAGUAAUAGUAAACUAGAAGUAUAACUGAGGAAAGCAAGCCAGGUGACACAAAAAUGUACUGCAAGCGUUGUGAUGUUAUUUAUUUAUACUAUACCGUAAACUGAGAUGUAACUAGAGUAGGACAGAACUCGAAGGCGAUAGAAAAAGAGAAUGUAUUUUAAAUGUACUAAGAACUACAAUGCCCCCGAGGUAAGUGCUUGGCUGUACGAAGGCGCAGAAAAGUCUCUAAGUUUAAUAAAAUUGAAAUCUCAAUGAUUCAGUUGUUACAUAUUUCGUUUCCUGA